AUGGUCGACAAGAUCGGGCGUCCACGAAAGGCUGUAGGCAGCAACGACCCUUCCGGAAAGGGCGAUAGCGCUCCGAGAGGCCGCCAACAACGCAAGGCCUCAUCAGAAACAGAAACAUACUACAGUGCCCACGACGGCUUCGAAAAUGCGCCCAUGCAGUCCGCAGCACUAAGCGCAGCACAACAACGCGACUUCGAAGAAGCGCAAGCGGAGCCAGAACCACAAUCUCGCUCGGCCAAUAUCCGCACCAGCACCGCCGCUGAGUCGCAAAUCGGUUCCGACGAAGAAGAAACCCCUCCUCAGCCCUUAUCCGCUUCCUCGUCCUCUUCAUCAAGCUGGGAAGACCUCCCAUCGCCCCAAACGUCUUCCCUUCCGAGCGCCACACCCUUCCCCGGCACUUGGCCCGCCGCACUGCACGAUACCAGCGCCGCGCUGUCCGAGGUCUCCACUGCAACCCUUUCUUUCGCCAGCGCCCUCGCAUCGUCUGGCAUCGGCCGCGCAUCAUGGAGUAUCGGCGCAGCAACUCUUUCCUCCACCAACCGUGCGGCCCUCUCUUUCACCACCUGGGGCAUGGAGAAAACAGGCGUCAUGCCGAAUGAGCUUCCCAGACCAAUGAGAAGGUGGAUCCAAGGGAAGGAAGAGCGAGAUAGAAGGAGGCGACAGGCUGAGCAGAGAAGAAGGGACAGGAGGAGAAGAGAGCGGGAUGGACAAGUGUUCACCGGAGGAGUGGAUGAGGAAGGGGGGUAUGUGCUGGCUACGCAUGAGAUGGAUGGUACGCUGAGGUUUGAGGGUAGGGGGCCUUUGGAUAUGCGGGAAGAAACUGAUGGACAGGAAGGAGAGCAGGAAUUUGUGCCGGGAGGAUCUGAAGAGAGUGAGGAGCGGGAGGCUGAACAUGAAGACGAUGGCCUCACGCGAGUGUUUGAGUUCGACGAUGAUGAUGAUGAAGACAUGUAA